AAUUUUUGCACAACAUUGCAACAGAAAACUGCUAAACGCGAAACAAGUUGCGGCGUUUUUUCAGCUCCUCGGGUCCUGUCCACGCUGCUGGCUUAGUACGCAGUCAGGCAGUCAGGCAGGCAGACAGACAGACACGGCAGGCAGGCAGGCAGGCAGCAGGCAAAUUACUAGGCUCUACCAGGCAAUCGGCAGGCAGGUCGACAGUCCAGUCCGCAGUCUUCGCAGCGCAUAAAUCACAGUCUCACAGCCAAGCCGAGACACCGCACAGACUCUAACUCUAACUCAAACUCCAACUCAAACUCAACUCGAACUCGAACCCACACCCAAAUCGCAGUCCGGCGCAUCGCAUCGACAAGAAAGUGAAACACCAAAAGAAAAACAUCUCUGCGAGGGUGCGUGCGUGAGUGCGUGUGUUCAUGUGUGUUUAGCAAAAAAGUGAAAGUGCAUAAAAAUGACUUGAAGUGCGAGUGAAGAGCCACAGAACAAAAGAAGAAAAAGAAACGUAUAUAUAAACCAAUACCCCGCCACACGAACUGGCAGCUGGGGCUCAACGCCUUUCGGUUCUGGUGGCUUUUGAUACGCGCCUCGAAAUGCCGCCGCCGCCGUCGCUUGCCGAGCAGCCCCAACAUCAAACAGCAGCUGGCAUAAGGCGCUCCACUGUGCUCCAAGUGCUGCAGGCGCCGUUUCUGUGCGCCGCUCAGACUCCAUCUUGAAUGUGAGUGACCGCCCACCGCCCUACGCUGCCAUCCAUGCACAACCCAAAGACAAUGUAAACGCCGGCGUUUAGCAUGUAGGCAGUUUUUUCUUCAUUUCCAAACAACCAACCAACAAACCAGCCAGCCAACAACAAAUAAUCAAAUAGACAAAGUUACAUUUUUACCAAUACGAUAAGCAGCAGAAGCAACAACAGCAACAACAACACGCAACGCAUUUUGUUCGUCAACAACAACAAAGCAAACAACAACCAAAUCAACAAAGCAAAAGUUAUUAAUAAACUCAAAUAAUUAGUAACUUGUACUAACUAAUACACAUAUAGAUAUAUAUAUAUAUAUAUACAUAUAUAUACUAUAUCUAAUAAGCAGGCAGUCAGUCAAUCAGUCAAUCAGUCAGCAGUAACUUCCAGUUUCAGUUCCGAACCGGAUCCGAUUUGAAGCAAAAUUCACGCGUCUGAAUUUGAUCUCGUCUCGAGUUGAGUUUUCCAAUUUUCGGUCAAAUAAAUUUUGUCUCGGCCAAAGUCUAACGGCAAUUUAGGUUUUCUGCAAAUUCAGACGUAACUCUUUAGUUAAUUAACCCAUUUUAUUGUGCAUUUCGGCGUUGAACAUUUGGGCGAAAAAAAAGAAAAAUUUUUUAAAAAGUUAAAAUUAAAAUAAAUAAAAUUAAAAGCAAAACAAACAAAAAGUUUGAAGAGAAAUUCAAAUCAAAACCUACGAAAUUACCUGAAAAUUUUUGAAACAACUGAAAAGUCUAUGAGAGCAGCAGCACGGAAAGACGGAGAGGAGAAUUAGAAGCAAAAUUUUACAUAUUCAAAAAAGAAUUACAAUUAUUUACAAAAAGAAAAAAUAAUCACGAACAAAUUAUAGAAAAAAUUAAACGAAAAAAUAAAAACUCACAAACAUUUAGUAAAAAUUUUAGGAACACAACAAAAAAUUAACUGAAAUUAUUGUGAUGUGAUAUUUUUUCGAUAUACUUUUAUUGUUCUGGUUACACCAUAUCGAGAAGUUAUCCAAUGAGAAAGCCGCUUAAAUUUUGGAGGAUCUAUGAUGAACGACGGAGAAAAAUAAUAACGCUUUGUUUGUGAAACACUUUUUGAGCGCAAGCAACGAUUAUUCAAGACAACAACAAAAAGAAAGCCAAAACAAAAACAAAAACUUAAAAAACAAAAAUACAAAAACAAAACAAAACGAAAACGAACAAAUUUCUACGCAAGUUCUCGACAAAAGAAGCCGAAAAACACUUUUGGAGAAUUAUAUAUCAAAGCGAAACCUAACGACAAACAAAAUACGCAAAGGACAAGAAAAAGAACAAAAAUUAAACGAAGACCUUAACAAGAAGAGAAAACGAAAUCAAAACAAAUUUAAACAACAUUAAAUGCAAAGGACAUUCGCAUGUGUGUGGUGGUGGAACGAAAAUUCAAAACAAAAUUCACAAUUAGAAAACGCAGAAAAAAACGUAGAAAACGUAGACGCAAAAUCAACAGCAGCAAAAGCAACAGCAGGAACAGCAACAGCAACAACAAUUGGAACUGCAACUGCAACAAACUGUCAACAACAACGCGAACAAUUUUGAAUUGUAACAUUUCGACAAAUAAGUUGAGUGAAAGCAAAAUUUCAACGUUCGGCGCAACUAAACGAAGACAUCAAAAGCGAGUAAGAGGGAGAAACAGAUAUAUAGAGCUAGCCCGUUCUAAGGAUAAGUAAUCAGAAGAAAAGAACCAGCAGUUCGGGUCAGCUAGAAAGUUUUGAAGCAUAGCAAAUACACACACACACGCGCACAGAGACUCACGCACACACACAUCGAUAACUCGGACCUACAUACAACCGGCAAGCAGAAGAUAAAGUAAAAGAUUACAGAUCGGACCACUGAGAAGACUUAAACUUGAAAUUACGCAUACGCCGCCUGAGCGCAACAGCGGCGAAUUACUACACUCAAUUGAGGAGAGGAACAGAAGGAGAAGGAGAAGGCGACACGACAGUGCCGACAACAUCGCUAACAACCAAUCGAAGCCAAGGCGAAGUAAUCGCUCUCGCGUUUCGCUAGCAGGAGAAGAGGCUUCCUGCAUGUGUGUGCCCGACGCUGUGAGAGCGCAACUGACAGUGCUAGAGAGUAACGCGGCGAAGGCGACGGAGAGGCAACGUGGAGAGGCGAGUGCGGGCUGCUGCUGCUGUUUGGCAUCAUCUUAUGAUGUCAUCAGAGGAGUACGACGCGGACUGUUUUGGUUUGUACAGCGAUGAGAACGAUGUGCUGCUGAAGGCGACGGCAACAACAACAUCAUUGGAAGCUGAAGCUGAGUGUAAGCUGCAACCCCCACAGCAGGCGAAGAGCGCAGCGAUUGCCCUGCCACCACCAACAACACUGCAGCCUCUACAGGCAAGCAACGGAAACGGCAACGGCAACGGCAACAGUCUCACAAAUACACCAAUACAAAUAAACGGUAGCGACGACGCGGCGAAUUGCGGCGAAAACGCUAGCGAAGCGGAGAAGCAUUGCAAAGGCAAAGGCAGCAGCGAUUCGGACGACGACGACAACGACGAGGGCGACUCUGACUCGGACGACGUCGUCGUAAUCGAAGGCAACUGCAAGGCGACGACGACGACGACUGUAGCGGCGGUAGCGCCAGCCAACAGUAACCGUCGCAGUCGCAGCCGCAGUCGCAGUCGCAGUCGUAGUAGUCGCCGCAACGCACACAAACGACAAAUCAGUCAGUCAACGGCCGUCGACAAGACAACAACGUGCGCGGCUAAAAAACCAGUGACUACAGCGCCGACAGCAACCAAAGUUGCCAACAAUUGUAGUAACAGUAGCAACAGCAACAACAACACGAACUCGACAUCGACAGCGAGCUUAGUGAGAAAUCGUCGCACGCGCACGCGAUCCUUGAGCAAAGACAGCAGCAAUAUCAGUAACAGUAAUAGUAAUUUAAACAGUAACAGUGUUGGUAAUAGUGUUAACAAUAAUAGCUGCAGCAACGGCGGCGCAACGGCAACCGCUGCCUUCAUGAGUAGCGCUGCUGCGGCUACUGCGGGUGCCGCUGGUGGUGCACUCUACACUAACAACAGCAACAACAUUAACAGCAACACAAACAACUCAAACCCAAGUCCAAUUGCAACAACAAUUGCCACACCAGCAACAACAACAUCAGCUACAGCUCUAUCCGGCUGCAGUUCGCCGGGCUCCGUGAACUCCGCUUCAUCGCUGCUGACGGCAGCCUUUGGCAAUCUCUUUGGCGGCUCCUCGGCGAAAAUGUUAAACGAGCUGUUCGGGCGGCAAAUGAAGCAGGCACAGGAUGCCACCAGUGGGCUGCCACAGACUCUGGACAAUGCAAUGUUGGCAGCAGCCAUGGAGACGGCCACCAGUGCCGAGCUGCUAAGUGCGGCCGGGCUGGUCAACAGUCUUAAUACCAGUAAAUUGCUCAAUAACAACAACAAUAACAACAACAACAUACCGCUCAGCAAUGGCAACAAUAUCAAUGCCUCGAUAUCGCCAGGAUCGGCGCAUUCCUCGACGCCCAAAGGCGGCAACAGUCGCCGUGUGUCGAACAGCAGCGAUCGAUCGCUGGAUGGAAAUAUUGGGGCAGCGGCAGUAGCAGCAGCAUCUGAUGUUGCUGGUGGCUCGCCGCCGCGUGCUGCUUCGGUGAGUUCGUUGAACGGUGGCGCCAGCAACACGCACGAGCAACAGCAGCAGCAGCAGCAGUUGCAGCACGAUUUGGUUGCACAUCACAUGCUGCGAAAUAUAUUGCAAGGCAAAAAGGAGCUGAUGCAGCUCGAUCAGGAGCUGCGCACUGCUAUGCAACAGCAGCAGCAGCAACAACAGCAGCAACAGCAGGAGAAGCAACAACAGGAACUCCACUCCAAGCUCAACAACAAUACCACCAACAACAACAAUAAUAACAACAACAACAAUGUUGUCUCUGAGAGCAUCAACCUGAUCGAGGACUGUGAAAUGCCAGAGAUCAAAAUCAAAAGUGAGCCCGAGCUGAUGGGCACGCAUGCAACAACACAUGCGCCACACUCGCCACAUGGCGGCAGCAGCCACAGCCACAGCAGCAGCAGCAACAGCCACAACAGCAGCAGCAACAGCAUCGCCAGCAAUGGCAGCCUGCGACGCAAGUCCUCCGAUUCUCUGGACAGCAUGCAACGCGAGGAGCGUGCCACGCCUGCAGCGGUGGCCGAGUCACAGCUGCAGAAUGAAGUGCUGCCCACCAAGAAGGAGACCGUGGAGGAUAUGCUCGAGGAGGUGGAGCUGCUGGGUCUGAGUGGGCAUGGCCAUUCGCGCAACUCGGAUCUGGAGUCGCUGUCGUCGCCCAGCCACUCGGACAUGAUGCUGCUGGCAAACAGCAAGGACGAGGUGCUGGACAACGACGACAUCAUCGAGGACGAUGAGGACGACGAGGAUGAUGACGACGAUUGCAUUGAGACCAAACGGGACGCCAACAGCAGCUCCACCUGUCUGAAGAAACCGGGCAUGGAGCUGAAGCGCGCACGCGUCGAAAACAUCGUGUCCAGCAUGCGAUGCAGUCCCUCCUCGGUCACGGCGCAGGCCGGCCAGCUGCAGGUGAAUGGCUGCAAGAAGCGCAAGCUUUACCAGCCCCAGCAGCAUGCCAUGGAACGCUAUGUGGCCGCUGCGGCGGGCCUCAACUUCGGACUCAAUCUGCAGAGCAUGAUGCUCGACCAGGAGGACAGUGAGUCCAACGAGCUGGAGUCGCCGCAGAUCCAACAGAAGCGCGUCGAGAAGAAUGCGCUCAAGUCGCAGCUGCGCUCCAUGCAGGAGCAGCUGGCCGAGAUGCAGCAGAAGUACGUGCAGCUGUGCACACGCAUGGAGCAGGAGUCGGAGUGCCAGGAGCUGGACAAUGACAAUGAACAGGACAUGGAAAGCAUGGAGCAGGAGCAUGAGCAAGAGCAGGAACAGGAGCCGGAGCCAGAGCAGGAGCAGCAACAAAACGAUGACAUCGAUCUCUCCCAUUCGCCCACGCUCAGCGAGUCAACGCCCAAGGAUUCAGUGGAGCGGGCUGGCUCCAGUUCGCCCACGCUGAAGCCGCAAGGCAGCAGCAGCAACAAAAGCAGCAGCGACAAUACAGCCGUCACCACGCCCAACAUGCUCACCCAGAUGAUGAGCAAAAUGAUGUCCAGUAAGCUGCAGCAGCACAAUCCCCUAGUGGGUGUGCCGCAUCCUGCGCUGCCGCAAGGCUUUCCGCCACUGCUGCAGCACAUGGGCGACAUGUCGCAUGCGGCUGCAAUGUACCAACAGUUCUUCUUCGAGCAGGAGGCGCGCAUGGCCAAAGAGGCUGCCGAGCAGCAGCAGCAGCAACAGCAGCAGCAACAGCAGCAACAACAGCAGCAGCAACAGCAGCAGCAACAACAACAGCAGCAACAAGAGCAGCAACGUCGCUUUGAGCAGGAGCAGGAGCAGCAGCGACGCAAGGAGGAGCAGCAGCAGCAGAUUCAGCGCCAACAGCAACAUCUGCAACAGUUGCAGCAACAGCAGCAGCUCGAGCAACAUGUUGCCGCUGCCACACCACGCGUCCAGCUUCAUCCACCCGCUCGCUUGCCAACGCGCAUGGGUGGCGCCGCUGCCGCACACAGUGCCCUGAAGUCCGAGCUGUCCGAGAAGUUCCAAAUGCUGCGUCAGCAGAGCAGCAACAACAACAGCAGCAGCAACAGCUCGAUGAUGCGCAUGUCCGGCACCGAUCUGGAGGGCCUGGCCGAUGUGCUCAAGUCGGAGAUAACGACAUCGCUGUCCGCCCUGGUGGACACGAUUGUCACCCGGUUCGUGCACCAGCGGCGUCUCUUCAGCAAGCAGGCGGACUCGGUGACCGCAGCUGCCGAGCAGCUCAACAAGGAUCUGAUGCUGGCCUCCCAGAUACUCGAUCGCAAGUCGCCGCGCACCAAGGUCGUCGCGGAUCGCGGCCACGGCGGCAGCAGCAGCAACGCCAACUCGGGCGCCCAGAGCGGAUCGGCAUCGGCCAUACAAUCAGGUAACAAUAACGCCUCACUACUACUAGCUAAUAGUCAGCAGCAAGCGAGUCAGGGUCAGGGCAACAGCAGCAGCAGCAGCACCAGCAGCAGCACUGUCAGUCAACAGCAACAGCAGCAACUUGCACAGCAGCAGCAGCAGCAGCAACAGGCCGCACAACAACAGCACCAACAGCAGCAACAGCAACAGCAGCCUCUCAAUCAAUCGCAAGUGAUGUCUGCAAUGGCAGCUGCACAGCAGCAAUUACCCAAUUGCCAGCAACUGAUUGCUGCGCCCCGUCUCAAUGGCAAUCAAUUGUCGUUUGCCUCACCCGCGGCCGCUGCUGCCGCCGCCAUGGGCCUGCAAAUGCAUCAUGCUGCCGCCGCGGCUGCCAUGCAGCAGCAGCAACAGCAGCAGCAGCAGCAACAGGCGAGCGAUGUGGCUGUUGCUGGGAGCAAUGCGGUCAAUAGUGUUAAUCAAUCGAAUGCAACUAACAAUAGCUUAAGUUCACUUAAUAUACCACCACCUCACAUACGUCCCUCGCCCACAGCAGCGGCCAUGUUUCAGGCGCCCAAAACGCCGCAAGGCAUGAAUCCGGUAGCUGCGGCAGCGCUCUACAAUUCGAUGGCAAGUCCCUUCUGCCUGCCGCCCGAUCAACAGCAGCAGCAGCAACAACAGCAGCAGCAGCAGCAGGCCGCACAGCAGCAGCAACAGCAACAGCAGCAGCAGCAGACCGCCCAACAGACGCAACAGCAGCUGGAGCAGAACGAGGCAUUGAGCCUGGUGGUGACACCGAAGAAGAAGCGUCAUAAGGUGACCGAUACACGCAUCACUCCGCGCACCGUCAGCCGGAUUCUGGCUCAGGAUGGCGUUGUGCCGCCCAGUGGACAGGCAGCGGCCGCAGCAGCAGCAGUUGCUGCCGUACAACAGCAACAACAGCAGCAGCAGCAACAACAGCAGCAACAGCAGCAGCAGCAGCAGGGUAACAACGGCAGCAGCAACAACAACAAUGCCACGCCCGCACAGAGCCCAACGGGCCGCGGUCAAUCCUCUGGCACGUACCACCCGCCUCCACCACCACCACCACCCAUGAUGCCAGUGUCCUUGCCCACAUCGGUGGCCAUACCAAAUCCAUCGCUACACGAAUCCAAGGUCUUUUCGCCGUACAGUCCAUUCUUUAAUCCGCAUGCGGCGCCGGGUCCACACGGUCCGCCACAUGGGGGCCAGCCCACCGCUGCACAAAUGCACCACCAGCACCACCAUCAGAUGCAGCUCUCAUCGAGUCCGCCCGGCAGCCUUGGCGCUCUAAUGGACUCGCGCGACUCACCGCCACUGCCACAUCCGCCAACGAUGCUACAUCCCGCUCUACUGGCAGCCGCCCACCAUGGCGGCUCGCCGGACUACAAGACCUGCCUGCGAGCCGUCAUGGACGCCCAGGAUCGGCAGUCCGAGUGCAACUCGGCCGACAUGACAUUCGAUGGCAUGCAGCCUACUAUAUCCUUUUUAAAACAACAACUACAGCAGCACGAGCAGCUGCCCGGAGAGCAUUCAAUGCUAAUGGUCAACAAUCAUUGUGAAUCCUUAACUCCUCUGCACUCUUCAACAUUGACACCGAUGCACCUGCGCAAGGCCAAGCUGAUGUUCUUCUGGGUGCGCUAUCCCAGCUCGGCGGUGCUCAAGAUGUACUUCCCGGACAUCAAGUUUAACAAGAACAACACAGCACAAUUGGUGAAAUGGUUCUCGAACUUCCGAGAAUUCUACUACAUACAAAUGGAGAAAUAUGCACGACAAGCUGUCACUGAAGGCAUCAAGACACCCGAUGAUCUGUUGAUUGCUGGAGAUAGUGAAUUAUAUCGCGUGCUCAAUUUGCACUACAAUCGCAAUAAUCACAUUGAGGUACCCCAAAAUUUUCGCUUUGUGGUCGAACAGACACUGCGUGAAUUUUUCCGUGCAAUACAGGGUGGCAAAGACACCGAGCAAUCGUGGAAGAAAUCCAUAUACAAAAUAAUCUCACGCAUGGACGAUCCCGUGCCCGAGUACUUCAAGUCGCCGAAUUUUUUAGAGCAGCUGGAAUAAGUGGAGGAGUUGGCUAUGCCAACGAUGCCACCACCUCUCGAUCAAUCUACGAACCCUGCUACAACAACAACAACAUCAGCUACUACAACACUAACAGCUACAACAAGAACUACUGCAACAACAGCAAUGCCGAAAGCGAAGCGAAGACAAAAGUUAAAAAGUUAAAUCUACGUAAGAAAUACAACUGGAUAUAAUGCAAAGUAUCAUUGUAUUAUUGAACACACAACAACAACAACAAGAGGCAACACACAUUUACAUAAGUAUUCGCAAUAUUUAGGCCUCUCGUCGAAAUUUUAAGGUAGAAACACAAACAACUUAAAAGAAAAACAAACAAAAAAUCGAAUCGAACAACAAUUUCUUUAGAGCCGUAAAAUAUUAUUUGUAAAUUUCGAAAAUGCUGUCGCCGCUCCCUGGUAACAUAACAAAAAUACAAUUUUAGCCGCAAUUCGUAUUAGGUUCGACACAUUCACACACCCACACACACACAAGAAUCAUAUAUAUACAAGCCUCAACUGAAGAAAAAUACAAAUAUAUUUAGAUCAGCGCUGAAAAGAAUGCAGCGCAUUUGAUUUGAUCAGCUACCAAAUGUUGUUCGAGCCGAAGAACAAGGAACAUAGUGCAAAUUUAAAACCUGAGCCGUUAAACACAAACCAAAACACUCUCAAUCACACAUACACACACACACACACACACACACACACACACACACACACAAAUACACAGAGACUACAAAUGUAUUUAUACAGAGUGUAAACUGUACUCUGACCGUUGGGUUGCUUAGUUGAAAUUUUUUAAGAAAUAUUUUUACAAUGCGUAUAUAUUACAAAUACAUACAUAGUUGAGCCAUCUAAUAAUCUACCGCAAGUUGACACACAUUCACACGCCCACAUACACACACACAAUACACCCAUACAUACCAAUACACACACUUAUAUAUCGGUAAAGUUUUACGGUGUAUUUUCUCUAUCCGAUCGAAAAGUUCUUUGCAGCUGAAGCCGUAUUCGCUUCAAUUGCAGACAAACUUUUCUGUAAGCUGAGGUGUUGCAAAACCUUUUAAAAAGUGUUGAGCAAUGCUGUCGCUUCACAAGCAAGCAUAUAUAUCAAUUAACCAAGUUCAGGUUGCUUUUUCCUUUAAAACUUAAGCAUAAUUCGAUGUCUAUUAAAAACGUAAAAAAAAAAAAUCUUUGAAAAAAAAAAACAAAAAAAUUAUUAUCAAGAAAAACGUAGUCUUAAAAAAAAUUAUUAAAAACAAAAAGAAGAAAUUUAAUAAUUAAUUGAAUUAGCAGCGGGCGUUAGGGUAGCGACAAUUUAUUUAAUGUUAUUAUGCAAAACAUACGACCAAAGUUUAUUGUUAAUCCACUGAAUUUGAAUGCGAUUUCCUUUUUUGAAACCCAUUAUAUACAUAUAUAUUACGAAUCAUUUUUAAAUGCACCAAAUUGUGCACGCAUAUUACUUUUUAAACUUUUAAACACAAACACCACACACACACACAUACACUAGUCUGUUAUUUAUGUACAUACUUAUAUGUUUAGUUGAAUAGAAAUUCGAUUUAAGUUAACGUUUAGUUUAAUUUACUUGGCCUUAAGUUGCAACAAAUAUACAAAAACCAAAUACAAAAUAUAUAAAAAAUAUAUAAAUACACAAAUCAAAAUUUUGAGUUUGUUUUCUUUGACUUAUCGUUUAUUGUUUUAUCAUUUCCAAUGUCGGCUGAGUGCCUUUAAUACGCACUUUCAUUUCAUACAAAGCAUGGAAAGUGGGCGGGUUAAGAGGGAUAUGUUGGCCAGCUCUGCACGUCAGUCAGUGUUGGUCAAACCAGUGUUGCGCAACAUCAAAUGCAACACAGCAACAACAACAACAUCAACAUCAACAACUAUCAUCUGAGCAUGCAACACACAUAAAUACAUCGCUAAAAAUAUCGAAUUAAACAAAAACAAAAUACAAAAUAUAUAUAUGCACGAAAUAUUCCUCAAAAACAACUUUUCGAAAAACCAACAAAUUUCGGCCCAUCAUGUGCUUUGAGGAGCCCAUCAGCCGGCAUUAGAGCCCCCCUUGCCACACCCCUAGCGCCCACUCGCUUAGAUUUUGGCUGGAAUUUAGAGAUUAGAGCCGGAAGAACACCGCUUUAUAUAGAAGUACUACAUAAUGCAAAACUUUUGGCAAACCCAAUGAUUAAGCAAAAUUUUAACAAUAGUCGAAUUUUAGCUAAUG